AUGGUGUGUAUUCCCCAUCGGCAUCCUUAUUCCCUUCGCACAAUUGGGCUCUGGGUCUUGGUUUGCGUCCUGGAGGCCGUUUUCGCUCAGACCCUUCGCCGUGCCGCAGCUCAGUCUGCUGGUGCCUACCGUUCUCCUUAUGGCCCCAAAUACACCACUCCUCUCCACUUCCAGGGUCUGACCGCUAGCACUGCCACCCAGUACGGCCAGAUUGCCGCCGCCUUCGGCGUCAGCGCCGGUGUCUUCGCCCUCUUCUUCUUCGGUGAAGUUCCCCGUGUUCGCAAGGACAUCCUCCAGAAGCUCCCUUUCUUCGACACCUACCUCGACCGCACAGUUGCUCCUGAGGACAACCCAUUCUAA